AUCAGCUGCUGAAGUUGUUGAAAAGUUUGACAAGACGGAGGAGCCUCGAAAGAGCUGCAAGGGGCAAAAAAAACACGAGCCAGAAAAAAAGAGGACACACAACUUCUCGACACCAAACUGCAUUUAUUUACCUCCGGACGCACGAUGGAAUCCGUCGCCCAGAAAGUCAUGACUUCUGGAUUCAGUCUCGACUUGGGCCCGCUGAAGGAGCCUUUGGCGUUUAUCCGUUUGCUGGAAUGGGUGUUUUCCAUAUUUGCCUUUGCUACGACUGGAGGUUACAGUGGUACAACCAGCAUCAAUGUCCAGUGCCAGGGACGUGCCAGUCAGGAAAUACAUGCAGCCUUUAACUACCCGUUUAGGUUGAUGCAGCAUCCCUAUCAUGUCCCUGACUGUAAAGUCAACCAGACCACCGACACCACGUACUUUCUGAGGGGAGACCACGCCUCCUCUGCAGAAUUUUUCGUCUGUAUCGGAGUGUUUGCAUUCCUCUACAGCACUGCUACGCUAGUCCUCUAUUUGGCCUACCAGCACUUGUACAAAGACUCUAGUCGUGGCCCCAUUGUGGACCUGUUGGUGACUGCGGCCGUGGCCUUCCUGUGGUUGGCAUCCUCCUCUGCUUGGGCGAAAGGCUUGUCUGAUGUGAAGUCGGCCACCAGUCCUACUACUAUUCUACGUAUAGUUGAAGUUUGCAAGGAGCCCAACAAGUGCACUCCGGGGGCUCUCCCUCACAUGGGCAGACUAAAUGCCUCGGUGAUAUUUGGUUUUCUGAACCUCAUCCUGUGGGGGGGCAACUGCUGGUUUAUUUACAAGGAAACACCUUUCCACAAGUCAGCCAGCCAGCCUGCAGAUGCGGAGGGGGGAGUCACGCCAUCGUAACUACGCAGCUUCCUCCUUUCGAAAUUGUCUAACAUGUAGUGCUAUUAAAUUAGUAAUGUUUGGUAAUGGCUGUUGAAGCAAACUACAAUUCAAGUUCCAGUAUAUAUUUUCAAAAAUGACUGCUCUUUUUGCAGUAUUAACCUUAUUCAUUUCAUACACGCAUAUCGAAAUGCCCUGUGUUAAGACAGAAAUUGAUAUAGGAAGUUAAAGCAGCCAGAAUGUUGUCCUAGUAGAUUCUCAGUUUGCUUGUGUAACAUUUUUAUACAAAGGCAUCCAAAAUGCUAACACUGAUUUACAAUAUUUUUUGCUCUAUUCAUUUCUGUCGUCAGCAAUCGCUUUGAAAACUCAGGGCUGUUGAGUGUAUCGAUCACAAGAUUCCUAAUUGAUAUAAAAUACUUGAAGUGCAUAUAUUGUUAACACAAGUCUAGACUAGACAAAAUUUCAGCCCAAUUCAAAACUAUACAAAAGGCAUCAAAAUGUGAUGCUGUAUUAAAUAUCUUUAACUUAGUGGUUCUUUUGGAGAAAUAACUCAGCUGCCAAUGUGAGAUUAUUUAUAAACGGGGUAAAAGCACCUUUAUUUUAUCUUUUUGUGUUACAUUGUGCCUCAUCAUCUCAAUAUGUUCAGAUAAUUUCACUAGUUUAGACUAACGACUUAAUAGUAUGUUGAAUAUUCUGUUGAAUUUUAAGACUUUUACAUUUAAAACCGGUACGUUUACCAGCGAGAAGUUACAGAUAUAUUCCCUAACAGGUCAUGACUUUGUAUUUGUCCUGCAUCUUUAUAAUGUUUAAAUUAAGGUAUUUGUAAGAAAAUUCCCCAUAAAGGCCCAUAAUAUUUCAGUACUGUUGUAUAACAUUAGCUACCGUAGUUGCUGUUAUUUUGUUUUCUUGAGCACUUGACUGAUCUCUCUAACCUGUUCCUAAUGUUCCUUUAUCUUGCUUUUGCCUGGCUUCUACCUCUGCACUGUUGUAGGGGAAUACAAACUGUAUUUCUCUGUUUCUGCCAUCGUUAUGACUUCCCACUUUUAUAUGCAGCAGGCUUGUCCGAUUCACCGUUUGUAGCUUAAUCCAUCAGAGUGUUGUUCAAAGAGUCACUGAUGGGAUUGGAGCUCCUGUUAAAAUCCCAGAAGAUACUGUGUGGACAUGAAAGUGCUGUGCAUCAAUAAAAGGAUAAGGCAGA